AUGGCUAGUUCUUUGCCCUUUAGGGAUAUCAAUGUUCAUGCCUCGACAUCGCAUUACGCAUUUACAUCACCAUCUUCACCCUCAGCACCAACACUGGUAGUUGAUCGACCAACAGGAGAUAUACGACUCAAUGAUGGACCACUUUUGGGAGGAAAACGUGUCUCCAAUAAGUACAUUAUUGUCAUUACAAAGGCAGAGCCUAUGGGAAGAUUGAAGGGGCAUAUGGUAUACAAAGUUAUUGCAACCGAAUUUCUACCUCUUCGAGAACGAGUACUUCGAGACCAAGAUGAGGAUACCUACCUUAGCCUCCUCAAGACUUUCAUCAAGUCUGGACCAAUGUACUUUUCCUAUUCCACCGAUAUUACCAAUACUUUCCAAAGGCAAUCGCGAAUCGAUCCAUCUGCCCCUCUUUGGAAAAGAGCCGAUGAUCGGUUUUUCUGGAAUAAGUUUGUCCAAUCAGAUUUAAUAGAUUUCCGAACAUCAGGGUCCAGACAUCAACACGGACAGCAACCAGGGGUGGAUCCAUAUAUCUUACCAGUUAUGUUUGGAAUGUUCGAAAUUGUUCAGACCCAAGUCAAGACCUCUCCAUUAACAUUUGUAUUGAUUACUCGAAGAUCCAGGUAUCGAGCGGGAACUAGAUACUUCUCUCGGGGAGUGGAUGAAGAAGGGCACGUUUCGAACUUUAAUGAAACGGAACAAAUCAUCAUCCUGAAUGAUAAUACCAGUGGACUUGAUGGUUUCGCUGGAGGCGCUGGAAUGCAGAACGGCAAAGUUGGAGGGUCAGGCGGCAAGGAGGCGCAAAUAUUGUCAUACGUACAAACCAGGGGAAGUGUUCCGGUAUAUUGGGCUGAAAUAAACACUUUGCAUUACACACCAAAACUUCAAAUUCGAGGAGUAGAAACCGCUGUUCCUGCCGCCAGGGCACAUUUUGACGAGCAAAUCCGAAUUUAUGGAGACAAUUACUUGGUAAAUUUGGUGAACCAGAAGGGCCGAGAGCAACGGGUGAAAGAAGCCUAUGAGCAGAUGGUAAAGAUUUUGGUUUCAGCACCAGCCGAAAGCAGACAAAGCGAUCAAAUCACAGAUGAGAAAUUCCGAGUGGUUGAACCCAGAGGAAAGAGACAGGAGAUGGACAGACUACACUACAUAUACUUCGAUUUCCACAACGAAACCAAAGGAUUAAAAUGGCACCGAGCACAACUACUGCUUGACCAACUUGGUGCUGCUCUUGAGGCGCAACAAUAUUUCCGUGGUGUUGACAUGCCAGCUGAUAUUGAUGGUCGUCUCGAGGUUCGCAAUCACCAAACCAGCGUCGUCCGUACGAAUUGCAUGGAUUGCCUCGACAGAACAAAUGUUGUCCAAAGUAUGCUUGGCCGCUGGACUCUUAAUCGCCAAUUAACAGAUCUCGGUGUUCUCACCCGUGGGGAGAACUUCACGUUAGCUGACCCACAAUUUGAAAUCCUUUUCCGCAAACUUUGGGCGGACAACGCUGAUGUUGUCUCAAAAUCUUAUUCUGGAACUGGUGCUCUCAAAACAGACUUCACGCGCACAGGUGUUCGAACUAAAGCCGGCGCUCUUCAAGAUCUGCAAAAUUCCAUCACUCGAUACGCGAGAAAUAAUUUCCUAGAUGGACCCAAACAGGAUUCAUUCGAUCUCUUCCUAGGCUAUUAUCUUCCCAGCAAUGCAAACAUUGGUUCUCAUCUUAUAACUGCUGAUAGAAGACCAUUAGUCAUCCAAAGCAUCCCUUAUAUCCUUGCCUUCAGUAUCUUCUUUGUUCUUGUUGGCCUUUUCACUCCUCGUUUACCUAAUGCCGCAGUAUUGCCAUUAAGAAUAUGGAAUAUUGUUUGGCUGGUGGUAGGAGCAUGGUGUGCUAGUUUCGUCUUCCGCAAUGGAAUGCUAUAUGUCAACUGGCCAAAACUCAACCCUCGUCCCUGGGCAACAGAAGGUUACAAUGAAGCAAUAAGCAACGUUACCAAAGACAAGGUAGUUGGAGGAUUAUUAACGACUCGACAUGAGCGUGGAUUAAGCACCGCACGAUACGCGAAUGCUGAGGAGGGAAAAAAGAGGAUCGAGUAG